AUGUCCCAGGAAGAGCCCGAGCCGGAGGCAGCAGCCGCCUCCUUGCGCGGGACGGACGAAGGGAGCGCGGCCCCGAGAACCAGCGACCACUACCGAGUGAGUGAGGACUUACCUGCCCGGUUCAACCACCCGGGAUGGUUUCGAGGUUACAGAGUGAAAGAGCGCAAUCCAUUGUUCAGGACAACCAACAUGGAUUAUGGAGGAAAACCACCAACAGUUCAUGAGAUGCCGACCAGCUUCCAUGUCAGUCCACACACCUUCUCCAAUCAUUUCAUCAAGUUUGGCAUGUACAGGAACACUGGGAUCAACACUGCCAUGGAGAAGAGCUACGUGACUGGCCCUGACAACUUCAUCACUUACUUGGACACCCACAACUUCCACCCCAGUUACCGAAUUGGAGGACCCUCCCUUUGCGAGUAAGAGGCAGGCACCAGAAGACAACCCUCUCUCCUUUAGCUUUCUACUGCUCUAAUGAGAAGAUCAAAAACGAUUCCCCAGUAUGAAGAAAUGUUUACAAUGUUCCCCUCCCUUGGAAAUUUCCUUUCAAGUAUGUGCCGUGCCUACUGUACAGGACUUGCACCAGAGAGACUCCAAAACGCUCCUACAGGAUUCCAUAAGGUCACACUGGCUUGUAGGUUGCAAACGGUUUUAGCAUCUUUCUUAAUACGAUGACCACGUUAGAGCAACGUUACCUGCCAUAAAAAUGUUGGGAAUUGCCGUGUC